UCUCGAAAGGUCAUCUGUAUUGCCUCGGUCUGGUCAUCUGCCGAGGAAACCGCGAUGUGGGACAGUGGCGGAAAUUGUCGGUCGUAAUCUAACCGGAGAGAUGAGAUGUACUACAUUGGUGGUGUGAUGUAUUGUGGAGGUGAGCUCGAAAGGCAAAAAGAGGGAAAGGCGGUGGAUGAGGAGGAAGACUUGGCCGCAUGGGUGGUCAUGAAGAAUGCGUGUGCCAUGUAUGCAUGCGAUGAUUCUGAUCUGCGUCUUGCGUGGAGAAUUGUCCCUCUCCGUGAAAAUGAGCGCGCAAAAGGAUGGAAUGCCGUGGUGGGUAAAAGGUGGACGCCAGCGCACAAGCCUUGAUGAUCGGUCGAUCUUUUGCUCCAUAGGACGCUC